AUGGAGCAUCAUUACGCAACUCAUCAUAAUCUAGUCUUUAUGGCAGUAUAUAAUAGUUCGGUCCAGUGCGUACGUUUCUGUGACCCCAGGCUGUAUGGGCGGACCCCUCUCUCCUCCUCCCCCUUCCCUCUCCCCCUGCCCUCCUCUCAUGGGGGCGGAGUCUCCUCAGAUGUCCCAGUCAGGGCCGGAGCGGUGCGCGCACUCCCGCUCCUCCGCGCACAGACGCCGCACCGCUCAUCGCAGAACCCCGGGGUGUAG